GGCAGCCACGCGCCGCUGGCCGCGCGCUGGCAGGGCAGUUGUCGCCGCGGCCGUUACCCGCGGGCUGAGGGAGCGUUGGGAGACCGUUGAGGGGACCCAGCGGGCGGCUGAGCCGGGCUCAUGGCCGCGUCGAACCGGAUGGUGCUGGCGCCACUGGUGGGCUCCAUCGAUCAGGGCACCAGCUCCAGUCGCUUCCUGGUUUUUAAUGCAAGAACAGCAGAGCUUUUGAGUCACCAUCAAGUUGAGUUACAGCAGAAAUUCCCAAGAGAAGGAUGGGUGGAACAAGAUCCAUGCGAGAUAUUAAGGUCUGUCUAUGAAUGUGUGGAAAAGACCUGUGAGAAACUGCAACAACUGAACAUAGACAUCUCUAACAUAAAAGCCAUUGGAGUCAGCAAUCAGAGAGAAACAACAGUGGUUUGGGAUAGGACAACUGGAGAACCUCUUUAUAAUGCUAUUGUGUGGCUUGACCUGAGAACCCAGUCAACAGUUGAUCGGCUUCUUAAAAAAAUUCCAGGAAAAAAUAAGGCCUGUUUUAAGUCUAAGACUGGUCUUCCACUUAGCACUUAUUUUAGUGCAGUGAAACUUCGGUGGCUUUUGGAUAAUGUGGAAGAGGUUAGGCAAGCAGCUUAUGAUGGCAGAGCUCUGUUUGGGACUAUUGAUUCAUGGCUUAUAUGGAGUUUGACAGGUGGAAAGAAUGGAGGUAUACACUGUACGGAUGUAACCAAUGCCAGUAGAACAAUGUUGUUCAACAUUCAUUCCUUGGAAUGGGAUCCUGAGCUCUGCCAAUUCUUCGAUAUUCCCAUGAAAAUGCUUCCAAAAGUACGAAGCUCCUCUGAGAUUUAUGGCCUGAUGAAAAUCUGUCCUAGUCUGAAAUCUGGAGCUUUGACAGGUGUACCAAUUUCUGGGUGCUUAGGAGACCAGUCUGCUGCUCUUGUUGGGCAAAUGUGUUUUCAAGAUGGGCAGGCAAAAAACACGUACGGAACAGGAUGUUUCUUGCUGUGCAAUACAGGUCAGAAGUGUGUCUUUUCUGAGCAUGGUCUUAUAACCACAAUAGCUUACAAACUGGGCAGAGACAAACCUGUUUAUUAUGCACUAGAGGGAUCUGUUGCAAUAGCUGGUGCUGUUGUUCGUUGGCUGAGGGACAAUCUAGGUAUUGUUCAGAAUUCAGAGGAUACGGAAAAAAUGGCCGCAGAAGUGGGGACUUCUUAUGGCUGCUACUUUGUGCCAGCAUUUUCAGGACUGUAUGCACCAUACUGGGAACCCAGCGCAAGGGGUAUUAUCUGUGGCCUUACUCAGUUUACAAAUAAAAAACAUAUCACCUUUGCUGCACUAGAAGCGGUCUGCUUUCAAACACGAGAGAUUUUAGAUGCCAUAAAUAAGGACUGUGGGAUACCACUACAUCAGUUACAAGUAGAUGGAGGAAUGACAUCUAACAGACUCCUCAUGCAACUCCAAUCAGACAUUCUCAGUAUUCCAGUAGUAAAGCCAUCAAUGCCUGAAACAACAGCUCUAGGAGCUGCUAUGGCAGCAGGAGCUGCAGAAGGAGUUGGAGUCUGGAGUCUGAAUCCUGGAGAUUUGACAGCAGUGACAUGUGAACGAUUUGAACCACAAAUCAACCCAGCAGAAAGUGAGCUUCGCUAUGCCAGAUGGAAGAAAGCUGUGGUGAAAUCUAUGGGCUGGGAGACACCUGAGGCUCCUUCAAAUGGUGCUGGUAAAUGAGACUUCUUGAUGGACUCUCUGGAUGCAGCUGACUUUUUUGUUUCCUUUUGAUUUAUUGUCUAAAGAGAUUCCACCACCAGUGUGAUUAUAUUACUUUUGUGUCUUAAUCCAUUCAUUAAUCCAUGUGUUGCCAGUCCCUGAGUAACCUCCCAGUGGUACAAUGAAACUUAAGUCUUCAGACUUAAGUCUUCUUACUCUUCUCCCUUGCCCAUCUACUCUAGUGGUGCUGGAGGCCUUCACGUGGACUAUCUCACAUCAUAUUCUAAAAUAGGCCCUAGCUGUGUUUGAAAAAGUUGGUAUAAAAAAAUCCUACAACUUCUGAGGUGAUGUCAGGUUUUUAGAUAUUCUGUUCAGGGCUUUGGUACUUUAUAAAACACAGUUCAGAAAGUUAAUGAUGCACUGUAGAACUUUGUUAGCGUCUUACAAGUCUUCCAGCUGCUGUGAAUUACCUAUUAUAUGCCUAUGGUUGCCAAAGAUGUUUUAUGCUAGUGACCACUGAUCUGAAACACCUUCAAUGGUACAAACUUUUUAAACACUAGCUCAAAGUGUAUUAUCAGUAGCACACAUUGCCACUGGUUUGGCAAUUAAGAGGUUGCUGAUAGUUCCACAGAGUGCUAUUGAAAUGUUUAAUCACAAAGUUUAAAGUUUGGUUUAGCUUCUGGCCUGUGUAGUCAGUUUGCCCAUUUUAAGUAUUUAAGACACUAAGUCCUGUUGUUAGAGAUAGGAGAAUAUAGAUGUUUUGGUUAAGGCCAUGUUUCGUGUUCUCAUACGUCUGUGUUUGGAAAGACAAAUUUAAUAUAGCAUGCUAGUGACAGACAGCUUCCUGGUCCUCUGCAACUGGUAAAUCUUUAAACUACUCUGUACAAUGCACUUUUCUUGACCAAUACUGCAUAUGUUCUGCCAUCCUGCUUGAGAAUAUUUCAGUGACUAUUUGUUAAACUUCUGAAAGUUGAAGCUAACUUUAGUUUUCCUUAAAGAGGGUGCACUCCAAAUUAAAUACCAGUGCUUUAGUUCUUGAUCUCAUUUAGUGUAUCUCAGGGACCAAAAUCUCUCUUUCGGUUUCCAUGUCCAUAGUUUUAACAGCAAGUUGUCACAAAAUAUGCUGAGACAACCCAAAAACCUGACUCGGAAGAGUAAGCACUUGGCACCUGAAAUGGGCCAUUGGAAUUCAUAGGCAACGUGUGACAACUGAGUUGCAUCCAGUUUGAAACUUUUUGUCGUUCAUAGGUAAAGGAGUGAGACAGAUAAUCUUACCUUCAGCUUUCUUGUUGGUAUACCAGCAGCAUGACAAGUGCCAGCCAGACUGGUUAGGUCAGAGAAGAUGUGUUCUUCUGUAGAGUCAUUAGAUCAGGAGAGAAUGCUAGCAUGGUUACAUGUGGGAACAACAUGGAUAAUUUCAAAGUGUCUAAAUGCACUAGGAGCUAAAGGGAGCCUUUUUUGUUUGUUUGUUCUUGUAGAUUUUUGUCUUAAAAAAACUGUAUUUAAAAAAAUUGUCUUUAACAAAGUUUGUUUUUCUUUGUUAAGCUAGGAUUAGAAGCUUAGUUUUUAAAAAAAUGUUAAAUAUGUGUGUUUCUGAAGCAAUGGAUUGCACAGAAGUUCAGGUCUGUACAACAUGUUUAAUAUCAAAUGCAUAUCAAUUGCCUUUUUAUUGUCAAGUGCAAUGACCUUUAAAAAUGUGACUUUUAAUUAAGAAGUUAGAAAAGGAGCCUUUUUCAUCCUGUGGUUGCAUGUGUAAAUUCUACAGAGGGGAUUUUGUGCACAGGUGAAAAUAUAACAUCAUUCAAAUCCUGUAUCUCCUAUAAAUACUAAAAUGUCAGCUGUGACAAUGAAAAUUGAUGAGUUUUCCAGUUUGUAUUGGAGAGGUGAAGAAAGAGUGAAAAAUGAAUGUGUACCCAUAGAAAAAUCUGGAUAUUCCUUACCUUUACUUGGAGCUGUUGCUGAUCCCACCUUACCCCAAGGAGCAGGAGCAACAGCAGCCUUUGGAGCACACGCAGCAACGGCAGGACACACCUCAAAUACUGGACUUCUGAGUACGACCUCUUGCCAAAAACACUGAAGUACUGAACCUGGGAACGAUUAAUGUUGAAGUGUUGCCUUUACCAGGGAUGUGUGUGGUGGGGGGAGAGGUAACAUGUACUAUGUAGGAAGGAGAAUUUUUCCUGCUUUUCCAACUUGUCUUUUACUGGGAAACAUUAUCCCAGUUAAUUUUUCACUGAAUAAAAAUAAUUAUUUUAUUUAUAAUUGCUGUUGCAAAUAUAUUUUAAGAAUUUCACACCACUGAUAACUUUCUACCAACAUAGUUGAAAUAUAUUGUUAACUGUGUGUUGUUCAAACUGUUGAAAGUUAGCUUUUUGAGAAGCUGUGAUUUAUUUUUUCUAUAAAUUACCUGAUUUAUAAGUUCUUAAGAAAUGCAUUAAAUUGAUAUUAAAAUACCAUAAAUUAA